UCAGCCUCGGCUGAAUGCGUUGCAUGUAAGAGUGCUUGCCAGAACACAUUAUUUGAUUUGGAAAAAUCUGUGGGAGACGUCACAAGAAACGGAACCACGUUGUUGUGGACGGUUGGCUCAUUGACCGAAUGGGAUCCAUCUCCAGAUUGUUAUUACAACACUAAUACUAAUAAGCAGUGUUGCAGCACCCUGCCUGUAAUCGUCUACCAGCCUCCAGAAAGUGUGUCCUUCAGCUUUAUAAAUCACACUGGGCCGAUGUUUGAGCACGACCAGUACACUCUGCAGUGUACUGUAGAGAACGUAGCUCCUGUUGGGAACCUUGUUGUGACCUUCUACAGAGGACAGACGGCACUGGACCAACAAAAGUCCAGCAUUACACAACAAAAACCAGUGAGCGACACCUUCACUCUGAAUAUUAACAUCAGUAGAGAAGAUAACGGAGCCCAGUACUGGUGUGAAGCCAAACUGGAACUGGGACCUGAAGGACCACAACGUCCUCCAGUGGUGGCUUCAGAAAACAUCACUGCCACAGUCUACUGGUCUGAAUUAACUUCAACCACAAUGCCACCAACAACCACACCGACGAAGACAACCACGAGUCCAGCAGCAAUAACUACAAUGAGGACAACAACAACUGUAACAACCACAACAAGACAGAAAUUAAAUACAACAACCACAGCGAGCGCAACAACAACAAAGACAAGCAGUGGCCCAAACAGUAGUGCCACCAUCAUAUUAAUUCACAGGUUUAUCAUGUGUUUACUGCUUCUAUUCCUUGCUUUGGUUUGAGCUGUUUGUGUUCAGAACUACAACAUGUAAUCAAAGAAUAUGUUUGGAUAGUAAAAGAUAUCGUAACCAUUUCCUACCUAGCUCCCAUCUGAUGUUCGUACGAUGCAGACAGACUUAGAGGCAGCCUGCUGUGAAAAAUGCUUGUUUUCUGAUGUUUAACCACUAGAGGGCGUUAGUUUGUAAGUGAGCACAGAGCCUAUUCUAAUAAUUAAUAAGUGAGAGUGACUUUAUUCAAUAGACGAUUAAAAACCCAGCCGUGCUAGAGGCAUCAUCGUGCUGAUGUUUUGUGGAUAUAAUGUUCUGAAUGAAGUCAGGGAAUCACCACAGUCAUUACAUUUAAUUCUGUGGGAGUCACUGGUGUCUGUGCCUAAAUUUGGGCCAACCCAUCUAAUAAAUGUUGAGCUAUUCCACAUUGAACAGUAAAUGUGAACAUCACUGAGGCCCUUUAGGAAAAGUCAAGUGUACCAGUUUUAUAAUUCAUCGUCUGAGGAUCAUGAAUAACAAAGUGAUGGACUGACAGACCAACAUCAGAGCCAGUCCACACUGCUGGCAUGCUUCUAAAUACAUGUAAGAAGUGUCAAUAAAGCUUUGAUGCUGCCA